AGAGGACAACUUCGCAACAUUCAACCAUCUCUGGCCAGAGAAGGCUCUCGUCCUGUCGAAAUUUCUGUCAACGAAUCCGCCCUGCCUACAAACGGCGACAUCAUGGACCAGACCAACGGUGCACCUCAAGACCACGAUGCAGCCGCCGAGACUGUCGCUGCCAUUGCCCAGGCACAAGCCAUGAGCGCCGAGAUCGCCAAGAACCUCAUUCUCAAUGGCAUUGGCUCCUUGACCAUUGUAGACAGCGAGCAAGUGACUGAAGAUGACCUGGGUGCUCAGUACUUCGUACGCGAGGAGGACAUCGGUCGCAACGUGCGUUUAUCAUGCCAAUCAAUGUCUACUCCUCAACUAACAUUCUCCCCUAGNCGAGCAGAAGCUGCCGCAGAGCGCCUUCAGGAGCUCAACCCCAGAGUCGCUGUCAGAACUGACAGCAGCAACAUCUUGACCAAGGAUCAAACUUACUAUGCGCCAUUCCAACUCGUCAUCGCAUGCGACCAAAAUCUGGAAACCAUGUCUACCAUCAACGCCGCAUGUCGUCUUGUAAACCGUCCAUUCUACGCUUCUGGUAUCCAUGGCUUCUACGGUUUCAUCUUUGCCGAUCUAAUCCUGCACGACUACAUUAUUGAACGCGAGACAUCGAACAUGCCUACCGUCAUCAAACAGGAAACUGCAACACGUAGCAUCGUCGGAGUCUCGACCAAGAAGCAAAACGGCAAAAACAUCGAAAUCGUCACAAAGCGUGAGAUCUACUCGCCGCUACUCCUGGCCAACACUUCACCUUUGCCCGACGACUUUAUCCGCAACCGUCGUAAGAUGAGAUCUGUCACACCUCUCCUGCCUUGUCUGCGCGCGCUCUGGGACUUUGAGCGCAACCAUCAUCACCUACCUGACCAGAACUCUAAGAGCGACCUGGCCGAAUUCACUCGCAUGGCCACCAACAAGCUUAAGGAGCUUCAGAUGCCUGCCGAGACUCUCACAGCCGAGUUCCUCCGUAGCUUCUUGCAUAACAUCGGCAGCGAGAUAGUUCCCACUGCUGCAUUCGUUGGUGGUAGACUGGCAGAGGACGUCAUCAACGUGCUCGGCAAGCGCGAGCAACCCAUCCAGAACUUUGUCAUGUUCGACGGUGAGAACUUUGACGGACCGAUCUACCCUCUGCAGACAUUCUUGCAGCCCAACGGCUUGGGUGUCCCUCAGGUGCAGCCUUCAGAGCUCGAGAUGCAGCAAAUGCAAAACGGACACAGCAACGGAGUACAGGUCCACAAUGCCAUCUCCUCAGCACCUGCUGAUGGUGACAACGCCGUCCAAGGAGAGGACGUUCAGCCUAUCAUGCUUGAGUAA